GCUCCGAGAAGGAAAAACUGGAUCCUUAAAUUAUUUUACACCCAUUUCGGAAUACGUUAUGGAAUAAUGGCUUUUCCUGACAGGACGGUGGAAUAGUGAUGUAACAUAUUGUUGUGAAUUUGGGCUGCGUUGGUCGUGUUUUCUUUCCUGGUCGCUGGAACUCGGGAACUCGGGCGCUGACAUUCCCUGUGCUUGUGCCGCAUGCAGAGGACAUGGCAACCGCACUGGGAGGCCGGAGUGUGGGUGCCCGCGCCCCGAACCCGCGCAAAGGGCGCAUUUUGGGAAUAAUCGACGCCAUCCAGGACGCGGUGGGUCCUCCGAAACAGGCCGCGGCCGAUCGCAGGGCGGUGGAAAAAACAUGGAAACUCAUGGACAAAGUGGUACGUUUCUGUCAGAACCCCAGACUCCAGCUUAAGAACAGCCCUCCGUACAUUCUGGACAUCCUUCCGGAUACCUACCAGCACCUGAGGAUGGUCCUGUGCAAGUAUGAGGAGAAUCAGAAACUCGCACAGCUCAGCGAGAACGACUACUUUAAGGUCUACAUCGACAGUCUGAUGAAAAAAUCCAAAAGAGCCAUACGCCUCUUCAAAGAGGGCAAAGAGAGGAUGUACGAAGAGCAGUCGCAGGACAGACGGAACCUCACCAAGCUCUCGCUUAUCUUCAGCCACAUGCUGGCAGAGAUCAAGGCCAUCUUUCCCGAGGGCCAGUUUCAGGGCGACACCUUCCGCAUCACCAAGGCCGACGCAGCCGAGUUCUGGAGGAGGUUCUUCAAUGAGAAGACGAUAGUGCCGUGGAAAGUUUUCCGUCAGUGCCUUCAGGAAGUGCAUCCCAUCAGCACGGGCCUCGAGGCCAUGGCUCUCAAAUCCACCAUCGACCUGACCUGCAACGACUACAUCUCUGUCUUUGAGUUUGACAUUUUCACUCGUCUCUUCCAGCCGUGGGGAUCUAUUCUGAGGAACUGGAACUUCCUGGCCGUGACCCACCCCGGCUACAUGGCUUUUCUGACCUACGAUGAGGUGAAGGCACGGCUGCAGAAGUACAUCAACAAGCCCGGCAGUUACAUCUUCCGGCUGAGCUGCACACGCCUGGGCCAGUGGGCCAUCGGUUAUGUCACCGGUGAUGGGAACAUCCUGCAGACCAUCCCCCACAACAAACCGCUCUUCCAGGCACUCAUCGAUGGCUGCCGGGAAGGCUUUUACCUGUAUCCUGAUGGACGCAGUUAUAACCCUGACCUGUCUGACCUCUGUGAGCCCACACCACAUGACCACAUUAAAGUCACACAGGAACAGUACGAGUUAUACUGUGAGAUGGGUUCUACAUUUCAGCUCUGCAAAAUCUGUGCCGAGAAUGACAAGGAUGUGAAGAUCGAGCCGUGCGGACACCUGAUGUGCACUUCCUGUCUCACGUCAUGGCAGGAAUCAGAUGGUCAGGGCUGUCCCUUCUGUCGCUGUGAGAUUAAAGGCACGGAGCCCAUCAUCGUGGACCCGUUCGACCCCAGAAACGAAGGUGCGAAAUGCUUCUUCCUGGAGCAGUUCAACUCACCCAUGCUGGAUCUGGACGACGACGAUGACCGAGACGACGCUCUGGUGAUGAGCGACCUGACCAACUUCAGGAAGUGUACGGCGCUCCAGAACUCGCCCAUAAUGUCUCCCAGCUCUUCUCCUGUCAGCCAGCGCAGGAAACCUGCAGAUCACGCCGUUGUUCAGCACUUGAACCUACCGCCUGUUCCACCUCGCCUCGACCUCAUUCAGAAGGGCGUGAUCCGCUCGCCCGCUGCCAGCCCCACCGGGUCACCAAAGGGCUCACCAGGCAUGGCCAGGAAACAGGACAAGCCACUUCCGGCACCUCCACCUCCUCAGAGAGACCCUCCACCCCCUCCUCCUCCCGAACGGCCUCCUCCAAUUCCCAUGGAGACCCGAUCCGCCUGGCUCGCUGCCUCCUCCACCACAUCAGGUCUUCCCAGGGAUCUGUCUCUGCCCCCGGAGGCCUGGAGUCCGAAAGAUCCCAGCCACCUGGUGGAAAGCAGAGGGGUGGAGCGCUCACCCAAACUGGCCCGUGUUGCCCCCGCUCACCUCAACGGGAGACCCCUGAGCUGCGGCGCCAUCGGCCAUAGACCGGACACGCACGUGGACUGCAGCAAGUCGCUCACCAACGGCCUUUUAAGCUCCGAGAGGUAUGACAUUCCCCCUCAGCGCCAUUCCCCUCCACCACCCGCCCUUACCAGCAGCAGCAACCAGAGGUUUUCAAACCCGUUCAGUGGUACGUGUCCCGAGCGAUCUCGAGUAGCUGAGAGGCCGGAGGACGAGUAUCAGAUUCCUUCAUCUCACCCUGUGUGUGUAACGCAGCCUCCCCUCUGCUUCUCUGUUCGCAUUCCUAACAGGAGUCUGGAGAACGGCCUGUCCGAUUUCAGUUCAGAAGGGAAGAAGUCGAGACCUCCUGAGCACAGUGGGUUCGACCCUGGCAUGUCAGUUUCGGGUAUGUUACCCGCCGCACAGUGCCCGCUCCAUAACAACAGGACACCUUCAGACUAUGACAUCCUCCUGCCCCCACAAGCUUUGCCAGCAGACGAUCCAUUUAACUCCUUACCUCCAUCACAGCCUCCUCCUCCUCCUCCGGUCAGACACAGCUUUCCAGACAUCACCUCCUCUCCGUCCUGUUCCAGGGCCGCCCGGCCCUCGUCGGGACACUUCCCUCUCUGCUCAGAUACUUUCCUGGAUGGUCUGAGUGGCUCCAUCCCACAGCCUCCGGUACGGAGACAGACAGGAGAUAGUAUAGCCAGACACUCACCAGAGUACGACCAGCUGCCUCCUACAUCAACGGCCGGAGAUCUGCAGGCCCCCGCCAGGCCGCCCAAGCCCUUCCCUCGCAAGACGCCCCCGGAGAUCCUGCUGCGGAGACCGCCGGAGUACUCGCAGGAGAACGUGGAUGCCAAAAUCGCCAAGCUGAUGGGCGAGGGCUACUCGUUCGAUGACGUCAAGAGGGCGCUGAUGAUCGCGCAGAACAAAGUGGACGUGGCGCGCAACAUCCUGCGGGAGUUCGCUCUCGUGACUCCCAGACUCAACCUGUAGCCGGGCGCCCGCCGUGUUCCGCCUGACUGGCGCGAAUUUCAGGAAUCCGACGGGACGUCCAGCCAGGAGCGCGAGCUGCCGCUUGAAAAUGUAGAAUCUGUGAAAAAACAACCUUGUGUUUACAGUGUUGUGCUGCAUGGUGGCGUAACGCCGCUGCUGACGCUCUCUGCUCGGUGCCACUCCGUUCAGUCUGGCAGAGAAGCCGGGUUCGAGGACUGGAAUUCACUGAAGCCAAACAGAAAUGGAUUUGAACUCUGCCCUGAAUGUUCAUGCUGCCAGGCUGCCCGCUUCUCCUGCCAGCUCUGAUGUUGCUGCUGCAAGCCUUAGUCUCACCCUCACCUGCACACACCCAGACGUUCAGAGUUCUGCUUAUUUUUGAUGUUUAUUUUUAUUACGAUCUGAUGAACGGGACCACGGCGUGUGUCUGUGUUAACAAGUUUUACUUGUCGGCUUCUUCACUCCUCUGUGUGAACUGAGAAAGACAAACUCUACAGGCUAAAGGGUAGAGCGCAUCUUUUAUAAGUUUGUAAGUGACAGACGAGGGAUUUUCAAAAAGUUUCCGCACUUUUAAAACUCUAUUAAGAAUUUCAAAUCAUCAUCACAUGAAAAUUUUCUUCCCCUUGAAGCUUCUUUGAGUGUCCAAAAAGGUGGAAAUCAGACGGCGCUAAAUCCAGACUAUAAGCAUCUCUCAGUCUCUCAGACAUGACCGAUUACUCCUCCUCCCUCCCACCCUCACCGCUUAUAACAAAAUGUAAAAGUGAGGAAACCUUUUGAAGAUCCCUCGUAUUUUAUAAACAGCAAAAAGUCCAGUCCAAGACGAACAAGAAAGCUAACUCUGGCAGUGUGAGAUUUAAAACUAUAUAUUUAAUAUUACUAAACCAUCCUUAGCUCAAAUUAUUCCACCUGACGACUCAAGAUCACGCUACACUUAUUUAACUCGAACAGCUAAAGCUUGCAAUGGAAGUGAUCAGGAAUUGGCGUAGUUUGGUGGCACAAUGCAAUUUGGGUGAUAUUCUUGGCCAACUCGUAUGUUGGUCCUGUGACUGUUCAGUUGGUUUGGGCAACAGCGUAUCACCCUGCUGUCAUCAGUUCCGUUCACAGGGCUGCUUUUAUAGCAUCACUGAUAGCGCUUCUGGAUUUGAUAUGAAAUAAAUCACCGUAACUAAGUGAAAGUAUUUCAUAACGACGUUCAGAUUAGAUGAUGUAAACACAUUUGUGUACACAGUUGUGUACUGUCUGUUCCUUCUAGGUGCCAAGAAACCCAACAACCUAACUGAACACGUUUACAAGCAAACCACAACACUCACAAACUCCAAGUAAACUAAACCCACAACUGCAGUUAUGAUGCCAGAAUUCAUUCUUAAUUUGCGAGUUAGGAGAUGGGUAGCACUGUGAGGUCCACCUGGUUCGAUUCCCAUUCAUAAAUAAAUAAAUACAUAACUCAUUUCCACAGAAAUGCUGUGUGAAGCAGGAUUUAGGAGGCCAGAAUAAUAAGGACCGAGGAACUAUUUGCACCCUCUGAUUAAAGUGUCGUUCCUUGGUGACUAACACAUACCCGGUGAAAAGCCUUGGUUCUCUGGCUCCGAGAUAAAAACACGAACGUUUAAAAUUCCGAAAGGAAGAAGCAUUCAUGACCACUCGUGUAAAGCUCCUGGCGGUUCUUUUCAAUGCCGUCGCGUGGAGGAUUACUGAAUCAGAUUAAAUACCCAGCAGUGCCACAUGCACAGAGAUGAGAGACGAGUAAGUAGGAACUGAAGUGACACUUCACCCCUCAUCUAAUGAUCCGAGCUCUUCCUCUGAGGGCCAGCGCACGCCGGACCAGGCGACUGUUCAUUUUUCCUCUUUUAUUUUGCUCCGUUUGAGUCACUAUCACAUCAGGUUUGAUUCAUUAUUACUUUGCACUAGUUUCCCCCGGCUUCUCAAAUCUUCGACCGAACACGCGCCAACGUCUGUACCGACACAAACAAGUGGCCUUCGCAGGACUGGAUUGCAGAUUGCAGAGGGUGGGACAGUUUCUGUUUGUUUUUAUUUUAUUUGUUCUACUAUUUUAUGAUCUAUUUUUUCAGUGAACGUUGCUGAUUGCAUCGCAUUCGUGGAUCAUGUAACGUGUGCAAUUUAUUUAUACUUUGGUAAAAAUGGUAAAGAAAAAAACCUUGAUUAUUUUUGAUCAGUAAUGAUGGUAACUUGAGAUCUGUUCUUGUGAAAAUGUUUUAUAAAAGCCAGUAUUAACAUU